GCUCUCUUAAAUAAACGCUUCCUCAUACACUUGCACUUGCUUCUUCAUACUACUGACUGCUGGGAAAGAGAACCUCUUCAGCUUUUAUUUACUGAGGGAGAAGUAAAGUCAACGUAAUGUCGGAGUCAGCUCUUUAACAGGGAAUCCAGUGGAUAAAUAGUGUCUUACAUCAGCUCAAGAAAAUGGAUAAGACGUCACAGCAAGCACAAGUGAAUGCGGAGCAGCAACUGCUUCCAAACACAAGGAGAAGUUUCAGCUUCUCAUCUCUUCGUAUAAAAAAAAGGCACAACAGCGAUGAAGAGGGUGGAUUUAGAAGGCGCAGAGGGUUGCUGUUGUUUUCAUCAGUGCGAGAGUCAUCAAGGAAGGAGCCGGUCUUAGGUGGUGAUGGUGCCUCCCAGCCCUGUGGUUCUAAAGACCAGGUGAAGAAGACAGAAAGGCACAACAGCGAGGAAGAGGGUGGAUUUAGAAGGCGCAGAGGGUUGCCGUCGUUUUCAUCAGUGCGAGAGUCAUCUAGGAAGGAGCCGGUCUUCGAUGGUGAUGGUGCCUCCCAGCCCUGUGGUUCUCAAGACCAGGUGAAGAAGACAGGUGAACAGCCCAUAGGAAACCUCAUCUCUGAUGUUGCUGGAAACCACGAUCCCAUCCCAUCAGGUGAAGAUGAAGGUGGACGACAAGGGGCCCUCAAGAGGUUUAGUGCCAUGUGGUCCUCCUUCCGCAGAGGCAAAAAAGAGAGAUCGAAAGACCAGGAGCCUGCAGAGCCACUCGGCCAAGCAGUGGAACCCAACACAUCCAGGCAGCAACGUUACUUGAGUGGUCAGUACUUCUUUGAGUAUCUGGUGGUUGUCAGCCUCAAGAAGAACAAGGAUGGAAGCAGCUAUGAGCCUCAGAUCACCUACCAGUUUCCCAAGAGGGAUGGGAUGGCCAGAUCCCAGAAGGAGGAAGAAGAAAAGACGCUACAGGCAAUCACAUUGUUUUGUUUCCCAGAAGGCAUCAACUGGGCUCCUUUAACAGAAUACCACAGUGAGACCUUCUCCUUUGUUCUGACUGAGGUUGAUGGCAGCAGAAGAAAUGGAUACUGCAGGAGGUUAUUGCCCGGAGGGAAAGGAGCUCGCCCCCCGGAGGCGUACUGCAUCAUCAGCAGUCUGGCUUGUUUCGGCCUCUUCUCCAAGAUAUUUGACGAGGUGGAGAAGCGGCGCCAGAUCUCCAUGGCUAUGAUCUAUCCAUUCAUGCAGAAGCUGCGGGAGGCCCCAUUCCCAGCUCCGGGAAACACUGUGGAGAUUAAGAGCUUCAUUCCUGAGUCGGGCACUGAGAUCAUCAGUCUGACACGUCCACUGGAUUCAUGGCUGGAACAUGUCAACUUUGCCAAACUUUUCGACUGCCUGACAGAUGAUGAGGUGUUACUGGUGUUCGCGGCCGCUGUCCUGGAGAGAAGGAUCAUUUUCAUCGCGGAUGAUCUGGGCACAUUAUCCCAAGUCAUUCAUGCAGUAGCAGCCCUCCUUUACCCAUUCACCUGGCAGCACACCUUGAUCUCCAUUGUUCCAAAGAUCCUGAUUGAUGUAGUGAUGGCACCCACCCCCUAUCUGCUGGGAGUCCAGAAGCGCCUGCAGGACCAGCUUGACGACCAGGGUGAUCUGAUGGUUGACUUGUCCGAGGAUAAAAAGAAGACCUUCAUUUUUUCGACUGGGGAUGAAGCCUCUAUUCUGCCCCCAAAGCUCCAAACAGAAAUACUAGAGGCACUAAGUAAAAGACAAGAAGCAUCAACAGCUGAGGAGUUGAACCGAGUGGUGUCGGAAGCCUUCCUGCAUUUCUUUGUGAAAACAGUCGGCCAUUACGCCUCAUAUGUGAAAUACAAUCGCGGGGCGCAGGGAGUGUUUGAAAAGAGAAGCUUCUACAAGGCCAUUGAGUCCAAGACCACUCGACACUUUGUCAAGAAGUUCAUCCAGACACAGAUGUUUGACCUGUUUAUCCAGGAGGUGGAGCAGCAGCCUGGGCCGCAGCAAGGAAUAUUCCACAAAAAGAUCCUAGAAUACGAAGAAAAAAAGAAAAGGGACAAGGCACGGAAACACUAACUUUCAGCAGGGACUUUUGAUGUAUAUAAUAGAGUACAUAGGAAAAGAUUUGAAUGAUGUCCUGUGUCCGUUUGGUUUUAAAUAUGUAUGCAAUGUGUGAAUAACUGUAUGGCUAGCUUGCUGCUACUCUGUCAAACACUGGCAGAAUGAGAGAGUUGAGUUCCAGGUGUUGAUUCUUGGCCUGCGGCCUGUGCCAAUGAGCAGGAAAAUCAUUUCAAAUAAAGACUAGUUUUUUAUGUCUACA